AUGCCUGAGGUGUACCGCGAGUCCCGCUACAUGCGGGAGCGGGAUACGUCUCCCUCUGACGAUGAGGGUUACAAGAGGACGACAGUGCGCCGGUACAAGGUGACGCCCGAUCGCGUCGAGCGUGUCGAGCGCGAGGUCGACGUCGUCGAGGAGGAGCGCCGCAGUCGCUAUGCCCCCAUUCGCCGCUCUAGCCGGGACGAUGUCAUUGAGGUGGACCGUCGCGUCGAUCGCCUGUACAUUCCCGAGAAGCCGCGGUCCGUCUACGACCCUUCUCCCCACAGCGCAACCUACGUUGAGCGCCAGGUCAUUGAGCGUGAGCGCGAGCGGGAACCCAGAGAAGACCAUUACUCGAGGGUCGACCGAGUCGAGUACCGUGGGGAUGGGCCCCGGAGCGCCGUUGUGGAGCGCGAGAGAGUUAUCGAACGCGAGGAGCGGGACCGCGACGAUGACUACCGCCGCAGCGGACGGGCCGUGUACGAGUCCAAGGAAGUCGAACGAGUUGAUCGCCACGACGUUCACUCGCCAAGAGAAUGGGAGCGUCGCUCAUACUGGGACGAUGAGAACCAGACCGAGGUGCGCGUCGAAAAGAGAGUCGAGCACCGGGAUGGCGGCGAGGUCCGUGUAGAACGCCGCGUUGAAGAGCGCCGCGACGACGGCUAUGUCGCCGGAGGAGCCGAUGUUGAGCGCUGGCGCAAGGAGACCGAAUACUACGAGCCUGCGCAGCCCGCCCCUGCUCCUAUCGUUAUCCGGCAGCGCGCCCCGGAGCAGAAGAUCAUCCUUCAAGAGGCCCCGCCGGCGACGGUCGUCAUUCGGGACCAGGCUCCAGACAACCGGGAGAUCGCUCUUACCCGCCAGGGAUCCCGCGAUGGCGAGUAUUAUUAUCAUCGCGAGUCCCGUGAAGUUGGCCCUUACCGAGGGGAGCGUCGCGAGGAGGAGUACGCGAUGGCGCGUUAUGACGACGACCGGCACCGGCACCACCAUCACCACCACCACCACCGUCGCCACCAUCGCGAAGGCUACAGCGACGCUGAAUCCGACGACGGUUACUACGUGAAGCGCACCGUCACCCGGCGGGAACGUAGCGCAUCAAGCAGCCCGCACCGUAAGCGCCAUAUCGCUGAAGGGGCCCUCGCCGGGGCCGGCAUCUCGGCUAUCCUCGCAUCUAGACGCGACUCACAUGGUGAGUAUAAGCAAAACCGCGGUCGCAAGGUUCUUGCCGGUGCAGCUAUCGGCGCCAUUGGUACAGAGGUCGCGAGGCGCGCACAUAGUGCUUACCAAGAGCGUCACGGCGAUGAGAACGAGAGAGAGCGCUCCCGCUCUCGCUCGCGUCCCCCUCAUUCCCGACUCAAAACCGGCCUUGGGAUCGCUGCUGUUGCUCUCGCCGCCGCUGGUGCAGCCAAAUACUACCAGAGCAACAAGGUUGAGAAGGAGGAGAUGAACCGUGGCCGGGCCCUUCACCGCGAUAGUGACACAGACCGGUCUCCCAGCCGGAAGCGGUCCAAGAGCCGAGCCUCUUCAGUGGCCAAGGCCGGGCUGGGCACGGCCGCUGUUGCCGGGCUGGUCCAGCACUACCGCCAUAAGAGCAAGUCGCGAGAUGGCAAAUCCAGAGAUGGCAAGAGCCGCUCUCGAUCCCGCCUCCGCACUGGUGCCGAGAUCCUGGCCGCCGGUCUUGCUGGCGCCGGCGCCAAGAAGAUGUAUGACCGCCAUAAGGAUAAGAAGGAGGAAGAACUUGAGCGGGAUCGAGAACGCGAGCGGGAGCUCAGUGAUGAUGAGUAUUACGACCGCGACGCGCGCGACUACCACCGCCGUAGCAGGAGCAGAAGUUUAACUCGGUCCGGACCCACGUACCCCGACGGUGACUCUUCCGUAGCUGAUCCUGAGCUAGGCAUGGUUGAGUACGGGGCUCACCCCCUGUAUGCGGACCCCCCGCAACGAAACGAGAGGGGGCCAGCGGCAGAGGGGUAUGAGUCUGCGGCAGAGGAGAGGAGCCGCAGGCGGAGGAGGAGACAUAGCGGGACAUCGAGAGGCGACGAUUAUUCUGCGGAUAGCGAGGCGGAGACAGACCGUGACAAAAAAGCAGACAAGAAGCGCAGCGGGAGUAGGCUGCGCGAUCUUGCCGCCGGCGCUGCGGCAGCUGGCGCAGCAGCCAUUGGCUACGGUGACGAUGCUCCGCCAGACGGCUAUGACAAUUAUGGCCGCCGGGCCCCUUCCCCCCCUCAUGCUUCCGGUGGUUACUACAACCCCCCACCAGUGGUUCCUCCAAACGCCGCGGCUCCAGCCAACGGCUUCACACAACACCCCAAUGUCGCCAGCACCAACCUCCACCAACAAUACACACCGUAUCCCCCGGACUCGGCAUACACCCCCUACACCCCACCCAUGCCGGGUGCGCCGCCGAAUUCGGCUGCACCAUACACGCCUUACACCCCGCCCAUGCCGGGUCCGGCCCCGGAUUCGAAUGCACAAUACACCGCGUACACCCCGCCCAUGGCAGGACCGCCACCAAACCCGGCUGCGGCACCGGGCCCUGUGCCUCCGCCGAUGCCUCCAGCAACAAACCACCCCACGGGUCCUGAAGAUGUGAGUGAAGCUUUUCGUGCUGGUCGUUCCACUCUAGAGCCAGAAGCUGCCGCUCGCUCCGUUGAUGGUGACAAGAAGGACACGACAACGUCGGAGGUGGAGCCCCCAGACACCCCUCGCACAGCCAAGUCGGUCAUCUUCAUCCCGUUGUCUCCGAAAUCAUCUGCCACGCUCCGCCGUCACCACGAGAGCCAAGCAGCCAAGUCUGAGACGGAAGACAUGGCCAGCGAUAGCGAUGACGACCGAAAACGCGGCAAGAAGCCAGCUGACGGCGAACCUGACAAAACACGCCGCCGCCGCAACUCAGAUACAUCUUCGGACCGUCCAUCUGCCUCUAGCCGCCGGUCGCGUGACAAGGAAGCUACCUCGGAGACGGACGACGAAGAUGCGGUUGAGAUGCUACCUGAUCGCUUUGACGCGCAAGGCCGCCCGCUCGACGGAUCCGGUUCUUCUCGCGGCGGCGGUUCGGGCUGGCACAGCCGGCGCGGGAACUUUGAGUACCGGAGUCCGCGCGGCGCCAACGGCACCAACAUGCGUGGGGAGUGGGGUGUUGCGGGGGCCGACGCUGAGACGGUGGAGCGUCUUGUGCGGGACGUUACCGGGGUGUUGGAGGGCAGGGGAAGUUGGAUGGGGCUGAUUGGCGGGAUCCUGAGUGGGAGCUUGUUGAAGGGGCCAGGUGACGGUGAUGGGGAGGACGGUAGUGAUAAGGGCCGGGGGAAAUCACUCGAUCGAAGUCAAGAUCGUGAUCGUUCUCGUGAUCGCGAUAGAAGCCGGGACGAUAGGGAUGAGGACAGGCGGAGGCGAAGGAGGGACGAUGAUAGAGACGAGGAUAGACGGAGGCGUAGGAGGGAUGAUGACAACGGGGAGAGCAGUAGUCGUAGGCCGCGGGAGGAUGUCGAGAGGGGUGAGAGUAGUAGUCGGAGACGACGAGAGGAUGAGAGGGGCGAGAGCAGUAGACAUGCAGAGGAUAGGCGGACUCGUGGGCGGGAGAGGGACGAUUACGACGACGACGAUGAUGAACACUAUUAUGAGGAUAGGAAACGGAGGAGUCGUGGGAGGGAGGAUCGGUACGAGAGGGGUGUGGGGAGGUCACAGACUUGGGGAUGA